AUGCGAUCAGCUAUGAAUUCACUUAUAAUGGUUCUUUAUCGUAACUUAAGAAUAUUUUUCAAUGGCAUAUUAUUAGUUGGUACUCCAUCAAAUGCGGAAUUCAUAUUACAAGAGACCAGCGUAAUUACUGGCUGCCCAGUUGGUAUUGUGAAAACCUAUGAAAUCUCUCAGUCAUUAUCUUUAGAAAAUCAGGUGGGUAUAAGAAUUACUCUUCCAGUUGCUUUUGUAGUGAAAGAAUUGCUCAAUAAGUGCCUCGUGCUACGGAAUGAUCUAUCAUUCAUGCACGAAAAUUCUGAUCAGGCCCUACUGCAGCGAUAUUUUCUGGCUGUAACCAUGAAAGAUUGUUCAGUCAUGAUUAGUCUCAGAUUUAUUGAUGAAACAAUAACAUCAAUUCCACAUUCAAGGUGUUCACCUCCACCAAUUGUGAAGAUUCAUCUGUCUACAAUCCAACAUCCUGAUGCCUGUUUAGUCUGA